UGCAACCUUGCAAAUAUGUGCUUUUUUUCUAAUUUGUAUAAUUUUAAGUUGAAUAUCAUUUGGUUUUGGACUGUUGAUUAGCUAAACAAGCAAUAUGAUUUGACAUAUUGCGACGGAUUAGUGGUUAGUCAAAAAUAAUCUUACUCCUUUUAUUGUGGCCACAUUGCUAGCAGGAAUGAAGUAUACAUGAAUGAGUUGUCCAAGCUAGAAACAUUAGCCAGACCAAAUGUUCUGCUACCUUUUGAGUCUUUUUAUAGGUUUGUGUCCCAUGAUCCCCAUGUUCAUGUUUUGGGCAGGGUGGGGUUGUUGGUGUUGGAUGAUUGGGGGGGGGGUUGGCAGCUGUAACUCUACACCAGGGUCACUGUAUGACGACUCAUGCCGCGUUCUAACUUAUUUAGCCAGGCGAUGCACUACGUCCACUGAACAGGACAAGAUGGUGUCUGUGUUUUCCUGCAGGCAGUUAUGGCACUCUGAGCUUUGAGGCCGAAACCUAAAUAACAGAUUGUAUGUUGGGGACAGAAAACCAUGACAGAGCCCUACUGCAGACAGUGAGAGCUGAUCGUGUAAUGUUAGCUGUCUUAUGAAUGGCAUGGACACCAGUGAGUGGGUCAUUGUCUGCAGCUGUGUGAAGCAGUUGACUGGAGGCACCAGAACUGUGAGUAUCUGAUCCUGGGGCUCAACCUAGCCUGGGUUUCACCUGGUGAUGAUGAACUGCCAGUCGUCUGCUCCAAACCAACCGCCGGAAGCGGUCAACGUGACUCCCUGUGGUAGAAAAUCAAGAGUCAAUGUGAAGAAAUCGACUCCAAGUUCCUGGGCAGAGGAGACCCGAGGGAGGAAAAGUGCCGGCAAACACAAGCGCUCAGCAUCGUGGGGCAGUGCAGAGCACCUGAGGGAGGUGGCCAAGCUAAGGAACCAGUUGCAGAAGCGCUCCCGCCACGUCCCACCCUCAGCAGGAUAUGAGCUCCCCCACAACCCCCUGCCAGCAGGUCAUGCAGCAGGCGUCACUCAGACAUUUCCCCUGAUACCCCUGAACAGACUCGCUCCACGACUGCGACGUAGUGUUGAAGGCCUCAACUUGGAGCUGGAAGAGGUGUUUGUUUCUGAGAAACCUGAGGAUCUGCACGAGAUUCUGGAUAUCCCAGAUGGCCACAGGGCCCCUGUCCCUGUCCAGAGAUGCAGCAGUGGCUCUCAGAGUGAGCCCUCCCCUGGCCCCCUGGAUCUGGAUCCUUCCCUCCUUUCUCCUUCUCAGUCCCCCUGUCCUUUAGAUCCAUCGCUCGUGUCUCCUUCAAAUUCCCCUUCUCCACUGAACCCAUCUCUUCUGUCUCCGUCAUCGUCUCCCAGUCCCAUGGGAGAGCCAGAGCCAGUGGACUGUGAGACGCUGUGUCCCGCUCCGUCUACACUCCCUUCAUUUAAACUGGAUCCUCCCCUGUUGCAGCCCUGCUCCUCCGCUCCUCGGCCAAACAAAACGUAUGGCUUCCAGCGCGAGCCGCCCGAAGGCUGCGAGCGAGUACGAGUGUGCGAGGAGGCGUUCUCCAGGGCUGCCUGUCGGAAUGAGCCUCUCCUUCAGCCAUCCUGCCCUGACCCCAACAAGGUCAACUUUACCCCCCAUGGUGGCUCCGCUUUCUGCCCUGUCAGUCUUCUAAAGCCCCUCCUGCCCUCCAUGGACCUCCUCUUCCGUGGGCUGUCAGUCUCUCCGGUCACCGGCUGCCCAGGUCAGGCCUCUCCUACCAGGCACCUGGGCAUGCAGUAGGUGGAUAUCUGAGCAGAGCAUCAUCUCAGGGCUAAACCACACUGCAUUGCCAGAACCUGCAGACACCGGAUAUGUUCUACAGAUGCACCUGGCUCAUCACUGCUGUAACGUGCCACGAUCACUGUGAUCAAAAUAAGAGACUGAUUUAUACUUCAGAUUAACUUCAACUAAAAUCUGGCUGUUUUACUGAUUAUUUCCACCUGCAGGAUGCUUUGUUUAAACUGAUAUUUACCUCAUCCGUACUUAGCAUUCCCCAUGUGAGCUGUGGAACUACAGGACUGGAAGUGUGUUUUUUGUUUACAGUUGACUAAGUUUUUGAUAAAACUUAAUAUUGUUUUAGUUUUGCCUCAGCAGUUCAGACAAAGACCGCAGUCUGCUGGGAUGUUUUCCUUUACAAUUUAAAAUAAGUGAAUUCAGAGGUUUUUUUAAAACCAAGCACUUCCAACACACAAGUAUUAUUGUCAUCAUCAUUUAUUGUUUAUUAAAGAAGUGAUACGUUUAGAAGAACUUUCAGCUCAAUUUGAGAAACAAACUUGAUGGUUUUUUUCCUAAAAUGUAAGAAAAUCAGUUUGAAGAGACAUAUUUUUGCCCCAUAGUUUAAGGGUGGCCUGCUUUUCUACAGAUGUAUUUCUAAGAAGAUAUAUAUUUUUGUAUCUUUUUAUGGAGUAAUGAGGCUGGUGAUACUGUUGUAUUCUCUGAAAGAAACUGACUUCUGUUUUGUUAUAUAAGCAGGGAUGGAUGUUUUAGUAGCUUUACUUGCCUACGAGGGGCAUUGUUCUUACCAAACUUUUGCAUUUUUGUCAACUUUUUAAGAAUUUGAGUGGGUCAAGCUGAGUUUAAAAAAGAAUGUUAUUAAUCGGAGCAUCUUUGGACCACAUGGUUUUGGUCAGAAAUUAAUGUGGAAGAGGUUGAUUCUAUCUGCUCGAGAUAAUGUUCAAAUGAAUACAACACUGUCUUUGUCAGCAUGAUCCUAUGCAACGCUGAUAUAAAAAAACGGAUUAAAAAAAAGGUAUUUUUUUGUCAGACCUGAUUAUAUGCACCCUUUUCAUACUUUUAUUGUUUAGUGUACUGUUGUUGGCAUCGUGAAGAAAGUAAAAUACGGUGACCAGAUGUUCUGUUCGUUUAGAUACCUUCUGUAAUUCCUUA